UACGACGCGCUCGGCGUCGCGCGGGACGCGACGAAGACGGAGGUGCGACGGGCGUAUCGAAAUUUGAUCACGCGCGCGCAUCCCGAUAAGGGCGGAGACGCGGUGACGUUCGCGAGGAUCCAACGCGCGUACGACGUGCUGAGCGACGACGCGAAGCGCGCGUCGUACGACGAGACUGGG